GGCACUGUGGCCACCAGGUGCAGUCAAUUUUUGGAUUAAACAGCUCCACAGUUACCUUCGCAUAUCAACGACUUUAAUCGAAAUGAAGUACAUCGCAUUGGCUCUUUUCGUUUGCCUGCUGGCUGUGGCUCUGGUCGCCGCUGUGCCCGUCGACGAGUCGCUGCAGGGUGACAACUUCUAUGGCCAGGCUGAUGUGCACAAUCCCCACGAUCCCCAGGCCAUAUUCAAGCUGAAGAAACUGAAGAAGCUGCUGCUCGGCUAAGGCCACACGGUUGCCAGCCAAUCCCGUUGACUCUAGUCCAUGUACAAACACACAACCAACUGGGAACCCAACCUCUCCGCUUGGGCCAAGGCACUGUGCUGCAUUUAACCCUUCGCUUAGAGAUAAACACAAAUCACUCACAUUCACAGCUUAAUCGUAUACUUAACUAAAUAAAUAUAAUUCACAUAC